CGCCCCGGGGGCCGGCAGAGUUCAUUUCAGGACCUCACUGCCCGCGUUUGAGAGGCAGGGUCGCGUUCGGUGGCUGCUGCGAGGCCGGUGGAAGGCGUCAGUCGGAAGCGUCUGCUGCUGCUCUAGUCUGGUUUCUCCAUGUUUCAGCAGCUCAGGGUGCAGGUGGCCCGCUCUGAGGAGCCCCAGCCCUGAUCUUACGUCUCUCCUGCAGGUCCAGCCAUGGCCAAGUCCAAGAACCACACCACACACAACCAGUCCCGGAAAUGGAACAGAAAUGGCAUCAAGAAACCCCGAUCACAAAGAUAUGAAUCUCUCAAGGGGGUUGACCCCAAGUUCCUGAGGAACAUGCGCUUUGCCAAGAAGCACAACAAGAAAGGCCUGAAGAAGAUGCAGGCAAAUAAUGCAAAGGCCAUGAGUGUACGUGCAGAGGCCAUCAAGGCCCUGGUGAAGCCCCAGGUGGUGAAGCCCAAGGUGCCAAAGGGUCCCACCCGCAAACUCACUCGUCUGGCUUUAAUUGCUCACACCAAACUUGGGAAGCGGAUUAGAAGCUACAUGACCAGGGGUCAUAGGCUCCAAAAAACAAAGCCCAAGGUUCAAGCCAAGGCAGAGGCCUCAGCUGCAGCUCAGGCUCCUAAAGGUGCCCAGGCCCCUGUGAAGGCCCCAUAAAAAAGGUCUCAGU